CCUCCAAGAGCGCGCAGCCUUUCUUGAGAAGCGCCUCGUUGGGAGAGUGUCAGGGGCACCGCGUCCCCGUGGCGGGCGGUGGUCGGCGGCUUCUGCGUGGCUCGGAGCGAGGGCGGCCACGCUCGAGGCCCGCGUCGCCAUGGCCGCGGUUCCCGAGUUGCUGCAGCAGCAGGAGGAGGACCGCAGCAAGCUGAGAUCUGUGUCAGUGGACCUGAAUGUUGAUCCCUCGCUUCAGAUUGACAUACCUGAUGCACUCAGUGAGAGGGAUAAAGUCAAAUUUACGGUGCACACCAAGACCACGCUGCCCACGUUUCAGAGCCCAGAGUUUUCUGUUACAAGGCAACAUGAAGACUUUGUGUGGCUACAUGACACUCUUAUUGAAACUACAGACUACGCUGGGCUUAUUAUUCCGCCCGCGCCUGCAAAGCCUGACUUCGACGGCCCUCGAGAGAAGAUGCAGAAACUGGGAGAGGGUGAAGGGUCUAUGACCAAAGAAGAAUUUGCCAAGAUGAAGCAAGAGCUGGAAGCUGAGUAUCUCGCGGUCUUCAAGAAGACUGUGUCUUCCCAUGAAGUCUUUCUUCAGCGGCUCUCCUCUCACCCUGUUCUCAGUAAAGAUCGCAACUUUCACAUUUUCCUGGAAUAUGAUCAAGAUCUAAGUGUUAGGCGGAAAAAUACCAAAGAGAUGUUUGGUGGCUUUUUCAAAAGUGUGGUGAAAAGUGCUGAUGAAGUUCUUUUUUCAGGAGUUAAGGAAGUAGAUGACUUCUUUGAGCAAGAGAAGCAUUUCCUCAGUAACUAUUACGAUAGGAUCAAGGGUUCCUGUGCAAAGGCUGACAGAAUGACCAGCGCUCAUAAAAAUGUAGCAGACGAUUACAUCCACACCGCAGCCUGCUUGCAUAGCCUGGCUUUAGAAGAGCCCACGGUCAUCAAAAAGUACCUAUUGAAGGCGGCUGAGCUAUUUGAAAAACUUAGGAAAGUAGAGAGUCGAGUCUCCUCAGAUGAAGACUUAAAGCUGACAGAGCUCCUCCGAUACUACAUGCUCAACAUAGAGGCUGCUAAGGAUCUCUUAUACAGACGCACUAAAGCCCUCAUUGACUAUGAGAAUUCAAACAAGGCGUUGGAUAAGGCCCGGUUAAAAAGCAAAGAUGUCAAGCUGGCUGAGGCACACCAGCAGGAAUGCUGCCAGAAAUUUGAACAGCUUUCUGAAUCUGCAAAAGAAGAGCUAAUCAAUUUCAAACGAAAGAGAGUGGCAGCAUUUAGGAAGAAUCUGAUUGAAAUGUCUGAACUGGAAAUAAAGCAUGCCAGGAUAUCCAAAUUUACUGGGCAUCCUGCAUUUUUAUUUGCAAAGUCUGGCACCCGGAAUGCAGCUAGUACAGCUGAGGAAGAAAUCAGCUCCUGGCCUUGGCGGAUGCCGUGCACGGGCCUGGGAGACCCCAGUGGGGAGCCCAGAGCUGCGAAUGCUGUUGAUGAAUGUGUGACCGGCCCUCGGACAGGCCACCAAACAUUUUUUCUGCCAAGUUUAUUCAGAUGCGAUCCUGCAAUUUUUGCCUCCUCUGAACCUGGGGGGCGCGUUGCAGAGAGAAAAGGCCUUGGCUCUUACCUCCCCACUCACACGCGGCAGAAUAUUUUGAGGUCUGUCGUCCCAGUUUUGAGCAUUGCUCAGAUCAGCACAGGUGUGGCGAUUGUUCCUUUUCUAAGAAGGACAUUGCUGGCAAACUGGACAUUGGCUGCUGUUUUCUAAACUUUUCAUUUUGAACUACAUUUCAAAAAGUAGGAGUAAAACGUAGUAAGUAUAGUAUUAAAGUUGCAAAAACAGUACAGAAAGUUUCCUGUCCUCUUCUCCCAACUUCCCCAAACUUACAAACCCGCAGCCUAGCGAUCAAAGCCAGGAGGUUAGCUCUCGUCGUAACACCCUUAAUCCAACCCAAGACCCUGCGUGAACCUCACCAGCUUUUCCACGAACGUCCUUCUUGGCUCCAGAAGAAUGCAUCCAGGGUCCCGCCCGUGCAUUUAGUUGUUCUGCAUCUCUGCUGCUUUGCUAUCAGCAACAGUCCCUAAGUUGUUCCUUGUCUGCCCAGACCCAGAUACCCGCGAGGAGUGUUGACCGACACCCCUGAGCCCAGGCUUUGUGGGGUCCUCAUGUCUGGGUGGAGGGCAUACAUCUGGCAAGGGCACCGCUGCCGUGGAGCUUCGGACCUGGGGCCACGGGGUCACGAUGCUGGUUUGUGCAGCGAUGCCUGGCUCUCUGGUCAAGUGGUCCUGAGUGGUUAUAUUCACCUCCCAUCCCCACCCCCAGCCCCAUCGACAGACAUCUCAGGAGAAAUUCCUUGAGGCCGUGCAGAUGCCUUUUCUCCUUAAACCUUUCAAGAUUCUAGCCUCCAUCAGAUCUUGUCUGCAGCAUCACUUCUUUGGCUUCCCCUCCCUCCCUCCCUCCCUCCCUCCCUCCUUCCUUCCACAUGUAUUGAUUGGAUUUCCACUGUAAGAAAGAGCUGUCCCAGGACCUACUGUAUAGCAUAGGGAACUCUACUCAAUACUCUGUAAUGGCCUAUGUGGGAAAAGAAUCUACA